CAGAUUAUUGCAUAAUGAGAUUCCCUGCGGGUAUACUGUUUACUCUCUGGCUAAUAUUUGGGAUUCAGCGGACACAAGCGGAUUUCACUCUGAAUAUGAAUGACAAGGCGUUUGAUGAUCAGUACGAAAAUUGCACAGAAGAGAUGGAAAGUAGAAUAAAUUCCCUACUUGCUGAAGAAAAACAAGCUGACCCAGAAUUUAAUAGCACUUGGGAUGCAGCGGAAAAGAAAUGGAACACCGAGAAGCCAAGUGUACCGAGUGGCUUUCGGGAUGAGUACGGCAUUGCCAUCAUGGCUUAUUCCAACAAAACCAGCCAGCUUUAUUCUAGAUUCAACAUCGCAGUGAGAAAUUAUAGUGGCAAGGGCACCUUCCAUUACCAUUCUCUGCAUUUCUUGAUGACACGCGCUGUAGUGCUCCUCAGGUCAAGCUGUCGGUGGUCGCCAUGGUCGGUAUACAGAGGGAUAACAGGCAUACAUUUUGAACCUGAAAAAAUUGGGGGAGAAAUCCGAUUUGGCCAGUUUUCCUCUUCAUCCACCAGCCAGAAAGUAGCGGAGGACUUUGGAGGUGACACGUUCUUCACCUUCACCAGCUGCUUCGGUGCCAAGAUCAAAAAAUAUUCCUAUUUUCCAGAGCAAGAGGAGGUUCUGAUACCAGUAGACGAGGUUUUCGAAGUGACCAACUUUACAAAGCAGGAAGGUAAAAACAGAUUUGUCCUGAAAACGACAAAAAGAAGAUGUCACUACUACAAUUGUGACUACCUAAACAAAGGAGGAAAAUCCACUACAUGUGUGACCAGCAAAGGGACCCAGGUCGUUUCAUCCCUGAUGAUGAUGGCUCUUAUGCUCUGCCAAUGUAUCCUCUUUAAAUGAAAGGUCUCCAAUGUGUGUUGAGGAGCUCGUAAACGGACUGACCAUCUUGCUAUUGGCUAUAAACUGAUUUUGGGGGCGUGACAUAUCUGUCAUCCAGGAAAUAAACUUUGUAAUUCAUCUGUUCAUAUGUGAUAAAGUAGAACCUUACAAAUUUGGACGGAGUGGGGAAUGGUUACUUCAGUCAGGUUUUUAUCUCUUUCCCUUUUACAUCUGUCGUGGAUAUCAGCAAUUCAUUCCAGCAGCUUAUUUUUACUGCAACUGAAGAUUUAUUGCAGCCUUUUAUGUUGCGCUUGUUUCUGUGUGAACGUGUGAAAAUUAAACUUUUGAAUUUU